AUGGAAAAAGUUCCAAUCCCAAUUCUUUCUUUAAUUCUCAGUGCAGUCGGCCCAUUUGACGAGGUAAUUCAGCUUUCAUUAGUGUGUAAGAAGUGAAAGCAUGCCAUUGAAAUUGCAGAUCACUAUUUUUCAUUCCAAGGCUCAAAAAAUCAAAAAAGCCAACCUGGAAAUCUUCAUGCGGGAACAGUGAUCCGCCUAUUUGACAAAUCUGAAAAACAUCAGAUUCCUUGAAAGCUAUCUUCACUUGAUUUGCGUAAUAUAAAUAUAAACGACACAGAAUUAUCAAAGAUUAUUAUACUGCAGCCUAGAUUGUUGAAACUUAAUCUCACAAAUAAUAAUAUCAGCUUGGGACAGCUUUGAAGCUCUAUUUAUACUUAUAAAACUGAUUUGCAGUCCAAAGACCCAGAUGAAGAUAUUGAGUUUUUACUUGAGGAACUGCGAUUUUCCAGAGUAAGGUAUUUAUAAAUAAUUUUUUAUAUUAAAAAAUACAUCAAUAUGAAAAAAAGUUUUCUAAUUUCCAAUAAUAGAAAUGCAUUUUUAGGCUAUGAAAGCUUAGUCAAAACUUUCACCAAUUUAAAAAAGCUUUAUGCAGGAAAUACACAUACCACACUUCUGAAUUUCAAAGAUAUCCUCAGGAGUCUUAAAAAACUUGAAAUUCUUGAUGUAAUGUACUGCCCAAUGCUUGAACACUUAGACGUAAUUUUUAACGAGCUUAAAGACUGCUUAUCCGGCUCUCAGCUUAAAGUCAUUUUCGUUACAGAUGUCUUGCCAAAAGUAAUCGAAUUUUUAAUGGGCUGUGGAAUAGAAAUUGUUGACGCAAGUGUAGGAGAAAUGCUUUAUGAGCUAAAAGAAGAAGCUGAUUUACAAAGAUUAGAGGAGUGACUUGAUUUCGGAGGGGAUGUCGAUUUAAUGUGCCAUCCUUCUAACAAUUUAGGAAAAGACGUGUGGAAUUAUCCACCGAUGCAGUUUAUUAGGCAUAGUACAGAUGAAAAUUUAUUAGUAGAAACUUUUAGGAUCUUGAUUAGGCACGGCUUAGAUUUGUGCUACCAUUCAAAUGACUAUGAAAAAACUCUGCUAAAUGUUGCCAUUUCUGCAGGAUAUACAGGACUUGCUGAUUUAUUAAUAAGAUGUGGAGCUGAUAUUUGCCCUGUUAUAUUUUCAGAUCCUUCAGAAAUUCCAGCAACCACUUUUGCAGCAUCUAAAGGGGAUAUUUCGAUUUUUCAGCUAUUUUUUGACCAUCAAUUGCAAACAAAAAACUUGUAUAAUGAAAAGUACUGCAACCCUGUAUGUGCAACUGCAAACAGCGGCAAAAAAGAAAUGUUUAGUUUUUUGCUAGAAAACUCAGUUCCUCUAUUUAAAUGCCCCCACCAUCCAAAUAUUCUGAUAUCAAGCCCUGAUAUCCUUGAUAUGGCAUUAUCUCCAGAAUACUCUGAAGUUUUUAUGUUUCCUGAAGACCUAAUGUAUGAAGCUGCACAGUUUUAUAUAAUAAAAAAAAGAGAAGAUUUAGUAUUAAUGAUAAUUGAUCAUUUAUUACCUAAAGGAAUUAUAGAUUUGGAAAAGGAAAUCUUAGAAAAGGUGGUUUGUCAAGGGAAAAUUGGCUCGAAAAUUCCAGUUAUUGGAAAUGAAUGCCAUAAACCAUUAAUAGUAUUGGCAGCUGAAAGAAAUACCCAAAAACUGCUAAAAAGGCUUGUAGAGGCUGGGUUUGAUAUAAAUUCUGAAGACCAUUUUGGAUGGACUGCAUUAAUUUCAGCCUCUUCCUGUGGACAUUCAGGGCUGCUGUCUUAUUUGUGUGAGCAUGGUGCACUUAUUAAUAAAAGAGAUAAAACAGCGAGAACUGCAUUACAUCAAGCUGCACAUAAUGGUCAUAAGCAAGUCGCUUCAGAAUUGAUACAUUUUGGAGCAGCGCUGUCACCUGUUUGUGAUGGAGGGUAUACACCGCUUGAUUUAGCUGAACUGAAUAAACAAACUGAAGUACUAGAAUUGCUGCGACAGUUUGGAGCAGCGCAUGGGGUGAGAGCAAAAAGAUUCUGCGAGCUGUUUUAA